AUGAUUUGUCUUAGAGACGUCCGUCAACGUGGAUCGAGAUCACCUGCUGAGAACAACGUCAUGCUCACCAUGACCUUCUCGAACCCAUUAUUACUGAAUGAUUCUGUGUAUAAAUAGUCCUCGCUGAGCCAUCGAGUACUCACCAUCCAACAUCACAUCCUCAAACAUCAAAAACUACUUAUUUACACAAGAAACACUUUCCUCAAUAUCAACCAAAAACUCACUUCAACAAUUUUCAUCAUGAAGUUUAUCUAUUUCGGACUCCUCCUCUCUGCCACCACAGCCUAUGCUUGUGGUGGGAAUGCCUACAGAUGCAAGAACCCCGACAAAUCAGUAGACGAGAUGUGGGCAGUCACACGCAAGAUUUGCAAUAAUCUCAAGGAGGACGAUUGCUACUGCUACCACUGGGCCGAGUACUACUGCGACCCUUAUGGUGACAACAUUGAAAAGUUCAAGCACGCCUGCGUGAAUGAGGGCGAUGACUGGUACUGGACUGAAUGUUAAGUGAUGUAUGUAAUUCUUUUCGAAAUACUUCUUUUCUAAAGGCUAAUAUUCAAGUCAGAUCUCACUACAUCCUCUUUUUCCGGGUUGUGACGGUGCUUCAGAGCAUUUUUCGCUCAUUAUUCCAACUUGGAUGACUCGGGUGUAUGAAUGAUGGAGGAGGGAGGCAAGAGGAUGGGUAUGAGGAAUGAAUGGUUGUGCUAGUUAUGAAACCCCAGCCUCGGAAAAUGUGUCCUGUGUUUCGAAAGGCUUCGUUUGGGGCUUUUUUGAAAUCUGCAAUUGAUCUCACACAGUCAAGUCCAGAUUGCCUCAUCUAAUAUAAUGUAUGAAUUUUGUCAUUUUUUGGGGCUCUGUCAGAUUCUUAGGCAAGGGCCAUUUAACGGAGAAGCUCUUGGAGCCCCGACCUUCACUCCUUUAGCUUGUUAGCAUGUUUUUAGCAGGUAGUUAGACGAAAGCUUCCCGUAGCUAAAACCUCAAUCAAGUCAACUUAUAUACUUCCU